CUCCGCAUCUGCAUCAUGGAUCUCACACGGAGAAGGACCAACUGCAAACCGGCUGGAGAAAUGAAUAUUGCCACUUGCUUCGUAACUAUUUCCUUCCUCCUGUGUCAUCUGUCCUCCUUUCCGGCCGCUGUAAUGGGUGCCCCGCAAAACAAAAACAUUGCUGGAUCGAUUCUGACCAUGGCGGCGGAUGACUUGAUCCAGCCGUCUGCCAGUUGGCUUCUUGACCGGUCCAAACAAUCCGGCAGCUGGGGGGUAGAUACGCCACGAGCACUCCUUGCCCUGUUGCGGGUCAGUGCUGAUCGUUCCGGCUCUACGACGUCUGUCAACUGGGAUGCCAAUAGUGUGCAAGGAUUGAUCCUGCGACAACAAUUUGAUAUUCAGCUUCUCCUUUUUCUCCUCAGGAAUCAAGGAUCAACUCCGCAGCAGGAACAAGCAAACACCCUGGAGCCAAGUCGCAGUCUUUUUGCACUAACUUUAACAGCCAUGUGCCGCAACCCGAGGGAUUUCUAUGGACAUGAUAUCCUCGCGCCCAUUAUGGCCCUGGAGGAAGACCACGAUGGAGCCCUUUUGCAGCCUUUCACGUUCGCCUUUAAUGCUCUGGCCGUUUGUGCCGGAGGCGGGCAUCUCAAGCGGCGUCACGUAGUCAAGCUUCUCGAGUCCAUCAAUCAGUCGCCUUCCGAGACGCACAACAUUGAUUUACUGGCCAUGGUCGUUUUGGCUACGUCUUGUCUGUACGAGAGCAGCCCAAAGUAUCGCCAUCUACAAGAUUUUCUGGAACAGCCGUUGAAAAUGAUCGCAGCCCAACAACAAACGGAUGGUUCAUUCGAACAUAACGUUGCAACAACAGCGUUGGCUAUCCAAGCUUUGAAAAUCCCUGGCCAACUGCUCAACGAGCAAACAUCAUCCAAACCAAUAAGUUUGCCCGCAUGGAGGCCAGACUUGACUGUCGACUGGCUCAGGAGCCAACAAAAGUCAGAUGGCUCUUUUGGCGAUUUGUUUACGACUAGCGAAGUUUUGCUGGCAUUGGCAACCCAACCUGGUUAUGGUUUCCUUUACAGUCAGUGCUCUAACCUUAAUCAAACCGCUCAGCUGAACACGACCACUACUGAGAGCCCUUCAACUAUUCCUUCAACCAUUCCAUCUGCAGGGCCAUUAGGCGGCGAUCCUUCUCAAAAGAUUCGUUUCACUUACGUCAUAUGGAUCGGCCAAAAUCGAUCAGAGAUUCAUGCGAUUCAAUUGACGAUCCCAGUCAACAGUUCUUUCUACGAGGCCAUGAAAAUCGCAGCCGAAGCCGAUCCCCAUUUUGAAUUCUCUGCUUCUAUCUGGCCAAACGGACAUUAUAUACACACUAUUGGAGGUCACCGGGAUCAGUAUAUUGGUUUUCAUUUUUGGCUCCUCUUUCGUAUGCCAUUCAUGCCGGAUCCUGCCAAUCCGCCUUCGGUUAUUGCGCCACAUUACGUCGCACCAGCAGGUGUCGAUGAUUUAUACCCACAAAAUGGGGAUUAUUUUCUUUUCUGGUACAAGGACGUCUAAAUAUUCUUUUGGUGUUUCGUAACCCUCGUUGCGUCGUCUGCCAUCUUGUUUAGAAUUCUAGCAGAAGCACGAGAAUCACUAUGGCUUACACAAUUUGAUAUCGUAUUACCGUUCUCAUUAGAACAUUUUCAUAAUUAGACGUUAAAAUGUCUCGUUUCAUUUCAAAGACUUUUCUCGGUAGACGUCAUCCAAUUAAUAUUGACGCCCAUACACAUGCCAUAGCCUAAAAGAUGUCUUGCAAAAUAAUACACAAUGUGGAAUCAG